AUGGCUGCUGCAACCAUGAUAGGAAGUGCUUUUCUCUCUGCAACUGUUCAGACCUUAGUUGAGAAACUUGCUUCCAAAGAGUUUCGUGAUUACAUCAUUAACACCAAGCUCGACGACUCACUCUUGAAACAGUUAGGACAAACACUACUCACUAUUCAACCUGUGCUAGAUGCUGCAGAGGAGAAGCAGAUCAACACUCCUUCUGUCAAACAAUGGCUUGAUGGCUUGAAAGAUGCUGUCUACGAUGCUGAAGAUUUGCUCAACCAUAUUAGCUAUGAUUCCCUUCGAUGCAAGAUGGAGAACAUGCAAGCUGCAAGCAAAACUAAUCAGGUGUGGAACUUCCUUUCUUCUCCUUUUAAAAACAUCUACGGAGAGAUCAAUUCCCAAAUGAAGAUCAUGUGUGAAAGCUUGCAACUUUUUGCACAACAUAAAGAUAUCGUUCGUUUGCAAACUAAAAGUGCUAGAGUUUCUCAUAGAACACCUUCAAGUUCUAUGGUCAAUGAAUCUGUCAUGGUUGGUAGAAAAGAGGACAAAGAGAUAGUAAUGAACAUGCUGCUAUCAGAUAAUGGCACUAGCAGAUAA